GUCAAUAUUCUGUGAGGCCACGUCUAGAAAUUAAAUUUGUUCUUAAUUUUUUAGUUGGAAUUGAUUAUCUUAGUAAGCUAAGUAUAAAACCCGUAAUCUUGUUUAAACAAUUUGACUUAUUACAGACCAAAUGCAGAAUCAAUACAGUAUGCGAAGUCCAGCUGUCAAAAGGCUGAUGAAAGAAGCUCAAGAACUAAGAGAACCCACAGAACAAUAUCAUGUUCAACCAUUAGAUGAUAAUUUAUUUGAAUGGCAUUUUACAAUUCGAGGUCCAGCUGACUCUGAUUUUGAUGGUGGAAUUUAUCAUGGAAGAAUUAUUUUACCACCAGAUUAUCCAAUGAAACCACCAAGUAUUAUAUUAUUGACACCCAAUGGAAGAUUUGAAGUUUAUAAAAAGAUCUGUUUAAGUAUUUCUGGACACCAUCCAGAGUCUUGGCAGCCAUCUUGGUCAAUCAGAACAGCAUUAUUAGCCAUUAUUGGUUUUAUGCCUACCCAUGGUGCAGGAGCCAUUGGUUCAUUAGACUACACACCAGAAGAAAGAAAAGUUCUGGCUAAAAAAUCAAACGAUUGGAAAUGUGAGAACUGUGGAUGUAUUGGCCAUAUUCUACCUCCAGUAACUAAAGCAUCUGAGAAAACAACUCAAGAGGCAAAAGAGUUAGCUUCUCAGAUUGCCUUUCAAGGUGAAAAACCAAAAGAUGGUUCACAGUCAAGUAGCACACAAGCUGAAAGUAAUUCUUCAUCCACUACAACAUCAUCAGCAACAACAUCAGCAGCAACAUCAACUACUGAAUCAGCAUCAGCAACUACAAAUACAUCUGAACCUGCAAGUAGCUCAACUCCUACUACAUCUUUUGCUUCAUCAUCAACUUCUCCAGGUUCUACAGCCACAACAUCAGAAGGUUUGAGACAAAGAAGACUAGCACCAACUCAAAAUUACCAAAAUGCUGAACUACCUGUGCAUGUGAGGUCAAAUGAGACCUUUUCCUUGUUUUUGAUAAUAUUUUUAGUAUGUGCAAUUGGACUGUUGGUUUUACGACGUUUAUAUGUUGCAUUCAAUUGGGGAUUUUUAAAUGAAGAACUUUGAAAAGUAAAUAAUGGUUAUUUUGAUGAAAUGUGUUUGCUUCUGUUUGGGCACUUAUCAGCCAUACUUUCAAUGCUUUUAAGUAGUACCAGAAUUAUAUUGUGACUUCU